AUGCGUUUUUGCGAAAGAAAGACAACAAGGACCUUGCGCCCACCUGUGCCCACCGAGCCCACACAGCCACCCAUGGGCCCAGCCAGCGACACCAGGGCCCGCGAGUAUGCGCGUACUCACCUGUCUGUGCCACGGCCUGACCAGCUGCGCAACGGGACGCAGCAGGUGCCCGAGAGCCCCUCUGUCAGCAGCAACAGCCCGAGUCCGCCGCGCGCACGCCGCCGCGACGGCAAAAAGUUCAUCGGGUGCUCGGCCUUCGAGGACUACGAGCUGACAACAAAGGUGCACAAGGCAGUACACAAGGCCACAGGCGACGUGGUUGCACUGAAGCGCGUGCUGAUGCACAACGAGAAGGAGGGGCUGCCGAUCACAGCCAUCCGCGAGAUCAAGCUGCUGAAGGCGCUCAGUCAUCCAAACGUGGUGCCGCUGGCCGACAUGCUGGUCAAGCACGAGAGCCGCAGCGCCGUGCCAUCAGUGUACAUGGUGUUUCCGUACAUGGAGCAUGAUCUGACGGGUCUGCUGGAGAACCCCAAGGUGCACUUGAAGAUCGAGCACAUCAAGCUGUACCUGAAGCAGCUCCUCGAGGGCACCGCGUACCUGCAUGCCAGCAAGGUCAUGCACCGGGACAUGAAGGCCAGCAACCUGCUUGUCAACAACGAAGGCACCCUGUACAUUGCCGACUUUGGCCUGGCACGCACCUUCAACCUCGAUGACAAGAAGGACAUGACCAAGUGCGUGGUUACGCGGUGGUACCGCCCGCCUGAGCUCCUGCUCGGCGAGCGCCGCUAUACCACCGCCAUCGACAUGUGGGGCAUGCUGCUUGGCCGGCCCGUGUUCCAGGGCAAGACCGACCUUGACCAGCUCGAGCAGAUUUUCCGCGUCUGCGGGUCCCCCGACAACUCCUCGUGGCCGCGCUGGCAGCAGCUGCCGGACUGCUCGCAGGUCAGCGAAUUUGCACGCUACCCGCGGCGCCUGCGCGACGAGUUCCUGCGCUUCGGUGACGACGCUGUGGAUCUGCUGGAGCAGCUGCUGCAGCUGGACCCGGACCGCCGCCCUGAGGCUGCCGAUGCCCUGAAGAGCAACUUUUUCUGCACUCCGCCGUUCCCGGCACGCCCCGAGGAUAUGCCCAAGUUUGAGCACUCACAUGAGUUUGACAGGCGCAAGCACCAGCAGCGCAAGGGCACCCAGCCGGUCGCCCAGCCGCCCCCGCCGGCCCACCAGCAGAACGACUACCCGAGGCACACGGGCCAGAAUACCGAGCACUACUCGCCCAGGCGGAGAGACGAUAGAAGGUACCACCGCCGUGACGACUCGUACAGCCGCUCGCGCAACGACGGAUACAGAGACGGCGGCUACAGAGACAGCGGUGGUUACAGAGACAGCGGUGGCUAUAGAGACGGUGGUGGAUAUAGAGAUGGCGGUAGCUACCGGGACGGUGGUGGUUACAGAGACAGCGCCGGCUACAGAGACAGUAGCGGAUAUAGAGACUCGUCGUCUCGUCGGGGCUACAACGGCAGUACUCAGCGUGGCAACAGCACCACCACCACCAGUCGCAACACACAUCACCACCCGUACCAGCGCAGCGGCAACAAUGGAGCCGACGCUGGCUGGAAAUAAAAAUAAACAAAAACAUGUAGCCUACUCUUCAAUCUUUCUUUCUUACCCCGAAUGUAACCCACUAUGAAUGUA